CCUUUUUUCUCUGCUUUCUCUCCCACCUUUUCAAAUCUCUUCUUUUUUCAUCUCACAUCUCAAGCAUUGGAACGUUUCAAUCCCCCUCAUCUAUCCACCCCGCAUAUUUAUUUUCAUCUCAUUCCUGGGGUUGUUGAUUUCCAUCUCCUUCAUCUCCGCACAUCGGCCCCCAGCCUUGCUAGUGAGAGGAGUUACCCAAAUUGGCAAACUACUGCGAAUUCGGGCAUCAUUUUUAUAAAGACUGCCCGCCGUCCUUCAUCGACUCCUAAGCAAAGACAACUCAAUUCUUUCAUCAUUUUCCUUUGCGAAUUGGUGCCGGCGUUUCUCCUAGUGGUCUAGAUUGUGUUUUUCAUCUCUUCGUCAUGGCAACUUUUUUUCGUUGGUACAAUGGAAGGCUCGCAGCCCGUCCGUAUCUCACCCAGGGCGUGACGACUGCAGUUCUGUUUGCGACUGGCGACAUCACCGCCCAGCAGCUGGUCGAGAAAAGGGGCGCCAAGGGCCACGAUGUCUCGCGAACUGGCCGCAUGGCGCUCUACGGUGGAUGUGUUUUUGGACCCGUUGCGACUACCUGGCUGGGCUUCCUAGCUCGUCGCGUCACCUUCAGGAAUGCUCGGGUCGAGACGGCGGCGCGUGUGGCGGCUGACCAGCUGCUGUUUGCUCCCGUCAUGAUUGGAGUCUUCCUCGGCAGCAUGGCCACCAUGGAGGGCAAAAGCCCCUCGAAACGCCUUGAAACGACCUGGUGGCCGGCCCUCAAGGCCAACUGGGUGCUCUGGCCGGCCGUGCAGUUUGUCAACUUCACCUUCUUGCCUCUGCAGUACCGUCUGCUGUUUGCCAACGUCAUCUCCAUUGGUUGGAAUAGCUACCUCAGCUGGGUGAACAGCAAGGGCGGCAACAAGAGCAAGGACCACGAAUUGGUCGCCGCCCCAGCCACCUAAAUUUCUCAGUCUCCCCCAAAGGACUGUUUUGAUGGGUUUUUGUUUUUGUUUGCAUUAGAGGGAAAAAGGAAGACAAGAUACAUAGAGGCCUAGAGAUGACUCGCAAUGCGGUAACUUCGUUGCACCUCACAUUAAUCAUUAUGCAUGACGACACAGUGCAUAUCCACCUCGCAUUAUCACCUAUGCCUGAUGGUUUUUUUUAAUCAAAUAUUUUUAUUAAUACAGCAAUGCUUCCGGUGCACUGACAGAGACGCA